AUGGUGGACACGGAGUCGGCGGUCUCGACGAUGCUGGACGGCCUGGAGGGCCUGCCCACCAACCCGCCCUCGCUCUACUGCGACCUGGAGGGCGUCAACCUCUCUCGGUACGGCAGCAUCUCCAUCUUCCAGCUGCACGUCUUGCCGCGCAACCGCACCUACCUCAUCGACAUCUACACGCUCCAGAACAAGGCCUUCUCCACGCCGAGCAAGAGCGGCCGCACGCUCAAGGACAUCCUGGAGUGCGCCGCGACGCCGAAGGUCUUCUUCGACGUGCGCAACGACUCGGACGCGUUGCACAGCCACUUCGGCAUCGCGCUGGCCGGCGUGCAGGACCUGCAGCUGAUGGAGCUGGCGGCGCGCUCCUCCUUCAGCCGGCGCGUGGUCAACGGGCUGGCGCGGUGCAUCGAGCGGGACGCGCCGCUGUCGGCGGCCGAGCGGCGCGCGUGGGCGGCCGUCAAGGAGGCCGGCCUGCGGCUGUUCGCGCCCGAGCGCGGCGGCAGCUACGCCGUGUUCAACGCGCGCCCGCUGCCCCCGGCCAUCCGCCGGUACUGCGCGCAGGACGUGCUGGUCCUGCCGCGCCUGUGGGCGCUCUACGACCGCCGCAUGGGCGCCGCGUGGCGCGCGCGGGUGCUGCAGGCCUCGCGCGAGCGGGUCGCGAUGUCGCAGGCCGCGACGUACAACCCCUGGGGAUCCGAUAGGGCGCUGGCGCCGGCUAAUUGGUAG